GAUCGCCUCGCGAUCCGUCGAUCUGUUCGCCGUGGUGUUGGUGAAUCGUGCUUCUCCCCAGUCAAGUUGGGUUGUUGGGCCUCCCAAAUGUGAACGGUUGUCGUUGGCGACGGGGACGGUGGGACGGGUGUAGGUCGGUAGGUAUCUCUGUAGUCGUGACGGUGGUGUGGGCUGCACAAAACGACACGAAACGAAGCAGACGGGCGAGAGAACAACGGAGUGAAUGAAGAGGAAGCCGAAAAAACCAGUCCAGUCGGUCUCUCCUCUUCCAGCUAGGCAGUUCUAUGGCUUAGGCUUGUAUCUCGGGUUCGAACACACGGUUCUCUUUUCUUUUCGGAACGGUUCCUGUGUCGGUCGGAUUUGUGAAAUCAUCAUUACAACGCAUUGACUCGUGGUUUUUGGAGGAUUUUUCUCUAACUGACAGGAAAGAUCGCUUCCCUCAGUAGGCGUCGUCGUCGUCGUCGUGCGUGUCGUUGAUCGUUGUCAUAGGCGACGUGUUCAAAACAAAGCGGUUGCAGUUUCCUAUCGAAGGCUACUAGCAUUUGGAAGUGUGACUUUCGCGGAAGAAGAAAACGAAAAAAAAGAACAACAGUGCUCGAAAACUUCAAGUGGUGAAGAUCGCGCACGUAGACCUCAAGCUCACCACAACGAUCGUCGGGAGAACCCCGUUUAAGAGUUGCCCAAGUGAUCCGCUAAGUGUAUUGGAGAUUAAUUUCUGAAAUUGCGAGCAUGCCUUCGUGAGUUAGCAGAAAAAUUCGCGAUUUACAGUGCCGUAGCAGCACACAAGCCGCUGUCAUUGUUGGUGCUAUUUACCACGGAACGUGAUCUUCAGUAAUAACAAAAAAAAAAUCAAGUCUUACACCGAUCGAUCUUGCUGCUGGUGGCUGACUGCCAUCGACGAUCGAGCAGCUGGAAUAUCAACGACCUUUCUGUACGGCGAACAACAAGUCGUGUUGCGAAGUUGGUGCCUGCUUUGAUUUGCGCCGAAGAUCAGGUUUUUCCUGCUCUCCGCACGGGGACGGCCUGCUUCGACGAGUGGAGAUCCCCAGAAAGCAAAAAGAAUACGGUCAAUCGGGAUUGUUUGGUGUUCGAUUCGAAACAAGUGCAAGAAAGUUGUGACAAAAGCGUUCCUUUGAAUAUACAUGAGGAAGUGAGUGAUUUCCCUUUGAAAGGCUGCUUCUAGCUGUGCUCGCAAUUGCUGUAAUCUCGAGGAGAAAGAAGAUUAACAUCGAGAUUAAAAGCUUACAUCCUCUGGUCUACCUUCCCCGCCUACUGUGCGCUGGGGAGGAAAUGCGGCAGCUGAUGGCGCUUUCGCGCAGAUUUUCUUCGGCAUUGAAGCACAUCAUCAUCAUCAACCACAACAACAACAACAACGGUAGUAGGCAAGUGGAUUGCGGUCGUCCGGAGGAGUGAAAAUCACCAGACUCGACGACACCAGCUCCGCGCAAGAUGUUGCGACCUGCCACGAUAACAGAUCUGUUAUUUUCCGCCAGGUGUCAAAUCUUACACCUCCACUUCUAAGACACCCAGUCUUCAAAACACACCGACCAUACCGAAAAUGGGUACAAUCGACGGCUCCGAAGGCGGUGGUGACCCACGUCACUAUUGCACCCUUCGGAAAAGCAGAAUCAAUUUGAAUGGGACCGCUAAUAACGGCACGGCUGCUGACGAUGAUGAUGAUGAUGAUGAUAACGAUGGUCAAGGUAGCGUCAGUCCUCAAUCCGAGGCCUCCCGGCUUGGUCAGUUUUGUACGCUACGAGGUCCUAAGAAGAGCACGAUGGGCAAUGCGGUCGGUGUUGAUCGUGAGGCUACCGGGGGACGUGGGGCAUUCUACUUCCGGGACAGCGAGGACGACCGGAGUGAGCUGAAUAGAAAUUUGCUGUACGAAGAAAAUAUGUGUACGUUUGAGAAUUUUUGCGAGAAGAGCUUGGAGCAGCACCAGGGGGAAGAAGGGGAUGCGGCGGAAGAUGAAAGUGUGGGAAAUUUCUGCACGCUUCGAAAGAAACGAUCCGCGUCGCAGAAGGCGGUGGAUCAAGUGAAUGGUUGUGAUCCCCAUGGAAGCGGGGUGAGUGAUGUGCGCGAAACGUCCCUCGUGGAUCGCAGCGAGGUAGGAAACCCAAUCGGGAGUUAUUGCACCCUGAAGAAGAAAAAGUUGAAGCUGAAUCAGAAGUUUGUGGAUAGUUUCCUGGAAGAUCCAAAUGCCAAGCUGCACGAUUAUCUGUCCGAGUUGGAUGCCUACUUGGAUGAGAUUGAUGGGUUGGAUUCCGAGGGGCAGUCGGACGAAGAAGUGGCCACUAGGGAAGAGCCGAAACAAGAAAUCGUGAAAGAAAGUGUCGGUGACGAAUCGAGUUCAAUCAGUUACAUCGAUGUCAAAAAUUUCUGCACCCUACCGAAGAAGAAACGGGUGCAGUUUUUGAAUGCAUUCCAAAGGGCAGGCCCUCUGAGGAGGACCUUUGGUGCUCCCAGCAGCAGCAGCAGCAGCAGUAACAAAGCAAUCGACGACGGUGGUACCCUGGUUAAACGAGAAUUGAUCGCCGAAGUGGAUGAGUCAUCAUCAUCGUCGGCGGGGGCUGCCGCCAUCGGUCGUGACUCAGUUGGCGCUGAAAAUGGAACCUCGGAAGAUUUCUUACGGCAGAAUGCCAAACGCUCAGAACCUACCUCAACGGCAACCCUCGAUCGCCGACCGGGCCCGCGACGCACAUCCACAUGGCUACGGAACUCGAUGCGCAAGACGCGCCCCAUCACCCUGCCGGAUCACAUUGCCGACGCCCCAAAGUCUAUCGAUUCCCAUGGCACUGGCGAGUUCAUCGACGAUAGUAUUAACGCAUCACUCAGCACGAUCUGCACUGACCUCACCAGCAUGCCCCAUUCUUCUUUCGAGGAAUCCGAAUCCCACCAAUCGCUACCGCUCGAAGAUCACAACGAACUCAAUUCCAUCACGACGCUUCCCGCUUCCGAGCUGGAAAUUUCGUCGGAAGAACCCGAACCCACCGUUCGCGAAUCCUAUCAACAGACUGACCCUGCUAACGCGCUAACACCAGCCCCCAGUGCACCCAUCACCGAGGAGGACCUGAUACCCUACCUCGUAUCGGCCUCGCUUUGCGAACGCGAACCAGCCCCACUGGAAACGAACCUGGACAGUCCCACUCAAACGAACCGUCCCCGACAAACUGGACGACGCUCCGAGGUACGACCCCGUGUGGUGUCGAUCACAGCCGAACGGGAUGCCUCUACCAACCAACUGAUCAUUCGGACCAACACUGUUCCGGCCGGUGGCGCUGCUGGCCAGAGCAGCAGCAGCAGUCCCAACCCCCGAAUCAGUAUGCCAGCGACGACUUCGUCGGCCUUUGACACUCAUCAAAAUCACCAUCGUCAUCACCAUCACCAUCAUCGCUACGGCGGGAUGGGAUCGGAAACCAGUUCAAUCGGGUCGUCACGGAAUCCCAGUCCGGUGUCGCUGCUGUCGACGACCACGUUCAGUUCGAUCGCGUCCGGAGUGGACACCGAGAGGUCACGUUCAAGGCCAGACGAAGACGACUCGAGGCGUGAUGUAACCAGUUUGGCCGUCGGUGCAGAAUCGACGACGACGGGGGUCACCAAUGGCAGCAGCAGCAGCACAAAUGCGGCCACCACCCGGAACGGAUCGCUCCACUCGACGACGAUUGCGAUGGGAAGCCACGGAGAGGACGAUUCCGACUCGUCGGAUGAUGAAUCCGUACCGGAAACGGAUCGAAACGGACGACCGAAACCGAAGUGGCCGCACGUGGUCUCCCGAGCGAUGGCGUGCAGCUUCUGCACGCUGGGACUGUUCAACAUAUCCCGCUUUGCCAUCUUCAGUAUUCACUUCGGGGCGAAUUUCAUCGUUCAGUUUUUGAUAUUCUCGUUCCUGUUCGGGAUUCCGAUGCUCUGGCUGCAGAUGGUGCUCGGAUCGAGAGUGCGUGGUGGACCAGUGACAAUGUGGCGUAUCAGUCCCAUCUGCAAGGGGAUCGGAAUCGCGCUGAUUCUGGCACAAGGAUUAAUCACGCUCUACUCGGCCGUCUCGCUCAGUUGGGUGCUAGUCUACUUCCGGGAUUCGUUCGUAUCCCGAAGCGAAAAAUAUCGAUGGCAGGAGGUUUUCGAAAUGUACCGAGGACCUGGGAACCAGUCGUUCCGACUCUCGGACACGGUUGCCGACUACUUCAACGGCGUCGUUCUUCAGCGACACCAGCUCGGGCCGGGAGUGCGAGGCAUGAACGGAAUCGGAGCCGUCCGCUUCCAGCUGGCCUUCAAUCUAGCCAUCCUGUGGACGAUUGUGUUUGUGGUCCUGUGCAAAGGAAUACGGUCGUUCGGGAAAAUCGUGAUUGGGUUGUUUAGCUUUGCCUUCGUUGGCCUCAUUGCCAUCACGUCCAAGUUCCUGUCGAUGGUGAACUACGAUAGUAUAAAGAACGUUUUUCCCGCGACGGAUUGGGCGGAUUUCUUCAUCAACUCCAAGAGCUGGAUGAGUGCGGCGCAGGAAACGUUCCUGACGUGGGGUCUGCUGGGCGUUUCGGUUUAUUCGAUCAGCUGUCGGACCAACCGGAAGAAUGGUUCGGGGAGGACCAAACGCGAACUACGGCGGGAUGCCCUGCUGGUGGUGGUUAUUACGCUUACGGGUUUGAUGCUGGCGGCGGCUUUCGGAAGUGCCUGUGUGCAGAUUCUCAACAACAGAGGGUACUACUACUUUCCGGGAUCGUACGAGAACAUCGGCACCGACAUCUUCCUGCUCCCGGCCGAUCAGCCCCUACCGCCUCAGCACGCCAACAUGCCCACCAAGUGGCUCAUCCGGUACUCGAUGGUCCUGGGAGAAAGCUUCAAGCGUCCCUACGCCAACCCGCACCAGGAAAGCGGCUACCAAGUGCUGCGUCUCGUGACAGAACUGUUCCCCUCGACACUAGCGGCGGCCACCCAGGAACGCAUCGCACCCAUCUGGAGCCUGAUCGGAUUCCUAACGCUGUUGCUGUUCGGACUGGGUCAACUGUGCGCCAUGUGGAAGCCAGUAGCCGGAGCGAUUGGCGAUUCGCCCUCCUCGAUCGUGCUCAGCUGCGUGACGGGACUGUUCAUGGGAAUCCCGCUGGCCACCGAGAGUGGAAUCACCAUCAUUCACUACCUGGACAUGGUGCUGGGAGGUGCCUGGUGGCUGCUGCUCCUCUGGAUCGGUCAUAUUUUGGCGAUAUUCCUGGUGAGAGGGCGACCGUUGACCAGUGACAUACUGGUGAACGACCUGCGGCUUGGUCAGACGCUGUCGGCGUUUAUUGCCUUCGCGUGGAACUUCUUGCUGCCGAUCGGGAUGAUUUUCCUGUGCAUCAUGGAGUAUCGGGUUUCCAAUUCGAAUUCGCUCUUCAACUGGAAGCACGGUGGAUACUGGCCACUUUGGGCUCGUCAGAUCGGUGGAUUCAUUCAGGUAGCCUUCCUGUUGCUGGUUCCCGUCGUGACGGUCGUACAAAUCUAUCGUUAUCUCAGCAAGGGUCCGCCGGAUAUUCUGGAUCGAUUCGAUCAAUUGCUACGCCCCACGAUGGGGUCACAGGGCACCACCAACAGCAGCAGAUUACAGUACACCCGAAGACCUGCACCCCCGCUUCCGGUGCGCACGAUCAACUCCGGAUCUACGGUGAUUUCACUCGAAUCGAGACCACCCCAGGACGAUGCACCUCCCAAGUACACCCCACCGCCAUCCUACACUACGGCCACCGGGGCCAGGAUCGCCAAAAUGCUAAGGAACAGCAUCCGGCGAAGCGUUCGAAGAAUCAUGGGUGAAUCGAGCGGCAACCGUCAGCGGGGAGCCAUCUCCAUUCAGAGUGCCACCAAUCCUGCCGGUGAUGAGCUGCCUCCUCCGGACUACUCCACAAUUCUGACAAACAUUCCGCUUCAACCGGGCAACACCGUCUCCCUGCCGGCAGCCGGACUCGAAAUGGGUCCCCGGGUUUUGUACAAUAGCGAAACCCUCAGCGGUCGCCGUCGCCACAGAUCUAUGACAAAUCCCAACGGAUCCCAACAGCAGCAGCAGCAGCAGCAACAGCAACAGCAGAACCUCACCGCCAACGAUGUACUGCAGAUCCUUCGACCGGUCACCAGUGCCCAGACCUCAGCCGGGGAAUCAGCCCUGAAUCGGGUACCUUCGUUCGCCGCCGCUGCAUCAGCAUCGGCCAUCGGGUACGGCAACGUGGACUUGGUGGUGCGGAACACUCUCACCCGGAGGCACUCGGUUGGGGGAUCGGUGGAAAAUUUGGUCCUCGGAGCAGCACCCAUCGGCGAUUCCAGCAUCAUCACACUCGCCGUCGAAGAGAACGACGAUCGAAGUGACGCGGAACGACGCCGGAAUGGUAACGAUUCUGUGAUAUAGAUUUUGAAAACAUACACACUCACACAAACGGGGAGCUUGAAUUCAUACGAUGAAGCUGUGUUACACUACUGUUAAGAGACCAGAGCGCGCUUCGGUAUUGAAAGUUUUUUUUUUCUCCUAUUGACAAUGCAUACUUUGCGUAGCAGCCACGGCUAUGACAUGCACGCAAUUCUAUCCUAUCUAUUUUAAGACGUCUCACACUAUUAUUAAUAUCUUUAAAUACCACACUAUUAGAUGAGGAUUUCCUACUCUCUCGAGCCUCUAAAUUAGGUUAGGAUGAAAUGAUAAAUGACUAGGAAUAGUGUAAAUUUUUGCGCAGCGGAAACCGUUGACUUUAGCGAGCUGAAUGAGAUUUGUAUUUUGACGCCGUCCGGUAGGCAAAGAUUUUCGUUUUUUUUUUUUGUAAUAUGAGCACAAUAAUGAUGAAAA